UCCGGGCUUGAGGCAGGAUGAAUGCUAAUUUCCAAGAUGGCGGCGGAGGGAGGAGGGAAGGAGAUGAACGAAAUCAAAACUCAGUUCACCACCCGGGAAGGUGUCUACAAACUCCUCACACACUCCGAAUAUAGCCGCCCCAACAGGGUGCCUUUUAAUUCGCAGGGCUCCAACCCCGUUAAAGUCUCCUUCGUGAACGUCAAUGACCAGUCAGGGAACGGGGACAGGAUCUGCUUUAAUGUGGGCCGGGAACUCUACUUCUAUAUCUACAAAGGCGUCAGGAAGGCUGCUGAUUUAAGUAAACCUAUAGACAAGAGAAUAUAUAAGGGAACACAACCCACCUGUCAUGACUUCAACACUUUGUCAGCAACAGCAGAGAGUGUUUCACUUCUUGUAGGAUUUUCUGCUGGACAGGUUCAACUUAUUGAUCCUAUUAAGAAAGAAACUAGUAAAUUGUUCAAUGAAGAGAGGCUAAUAGACAAGACACGGGUCACCUGUGUGAAAUGGGUGCCUGGCUCGGAAAACCUGUUCCUUGUAGCUCAUUCCAGCGGCAACAUGUACUUGUAUAAUGUGGAGCAUGUCUGCGGCACGACAGCACCACACUACCAGCUGCUGAAACAGGGCGAGAACUACACUGUGCAUACAUGCAAGAGCAAAUCCACAAGAAAUCCUCUCUUAAAAUGGACAGUAGGAGAAGGAGCCCUCAAUGAAUUUGCUUUUUCUCCUGAUGGGAAAUUUCUAGCUUGCGUGAGCCAGGAUGGUUUUCUUCGAGUGUUUAAUUUUGACUCUGUGGAGCUACAUGGUACAAUGAAAAGUUACUUUGGGGGACUACUGUGUGUGUGUUGGAGCCCUGAUGGCAAAUAUAUUGUGACAGGUGGAGAGGAUGACUUAGUAACUGUAUGGUCUUUUCUGGACUGCAGAGUAAUAGCCAGAGGUCAUGGACAUAAAUCAUGGGUUAGUGUGGUAGCCUUUGACCCUUACACUACUAGUGUGGAGGAGAGUGACCCUGUAGAGUUCAGUGGAAGUGAUGAGGACUUUCAAGAUCAAAUCCACUUUGGUAGAGAUAGGGCAAACAGCACACAGUCUAGAUUAUCCAAAAGAAAUUCUACAGACAGUCGCCCGGUAAGUGUAACGUAUAGGUUUGGCUCUGUUGGACAGGAUACACAGUUGUGUUUAUGGGACCUUACAGAAGACAUUCUCUUCCCACACCUACCUUUGUCUCGGACAAGAACACAUACAAAUGUUAUGAAUGCUACUAGUCCUCCAGCAGGCAGUGGUGGGACCAAUACAGGAAGCAAUGGAAAUAACAGCAUUACAAGUACUCCUGGAAACUCUAUACCUCCCCAACUUCCCCGUUCCAAUAGCCUUCCACAUUCAGCAGUAGCCAAUGCCAACAGCAAAAGUAGCGUCAUGGACAGUGCCAUUGCUUCAGGAGUCAGCAAGUUUGCCACAUUGUCACUGCAUGACCGUAAAGAUCGGCAUCAUGAAAAAGACCACAAAAGGAAUCACAGCAUGGGACACAUAACCAGCAAAAGCAGCGAUAAGUUAAAUUUAGUUACUAAAACUAAAAUGGACCCAGCAAAGACUCUAGGAACUACUCUCUGCCCCCGAAUGGAAGAUGUCCCCUUAUUAGAGCCUCUUAUCUGUAAAAAGAUAGCUCAUGAAAGACUUACAGUCUUGAUAUUUCUUGAGGACUGUCUAGUAACUGCGUGUCAGGAAGGAUUUGUUUGCACAUGGGCAAGGCCUGGAAAAGUGGGUUUAUUGUCCUCACAAAAUCAAGCCAACUCUCCCAGUGGAACUGUAGUAUAGCCAUCCCAAUUCUGCUGCUAAGAAACCUUCACCACAAACAGAGAAGUAAUGACAUUGAAACCAGAGCCAGGAACUGUUCUUCAUCCUCAGAGCUUUAGGAGGUUUUCUGUUGGGAUUUUUGUGUCAUCUCUUUACUUAUUAUUUUCCCCCUUUUAAUUGGAUGUGGUUUACUUACUGGUAUCGUCUGACAUGUGGGGGUGGGGGAGGUGGUACAUUGUAUAAUUUUGUCAUAAUCCUAAACAUAACACACAUAAGGUUGGGUGUAGUGGCUUUGGUGAUUCUUUCAUUUUAUCCUCUCUUACUUUUAGAACUGUGAUAUCAAACUUGAGAAAGCUGAAAACCAUGUUGUCUUUGGUUCCUACCUGUUCAGUGUUCACUUUAUCUCCAAAUUUAGCGUAAUUUAAUCAUUAGUGCAUUGUGAAUACAGAAAUGGAACAGGGGAAUGCCAAAAGAUGUGAACAAAUUCCACCUAUAUUAACUAUCUGUUCAGUAAACUCACCAUUGUGUACUUGGCACUGAUUUUAUUUUAUUUUAUUUUAUUUGAAUGCAAUUUGUCUGGAGACAGCCUGGAUGCACUUGGGUAUUGAAAAUCAUUACUCUCCAACUUGAAAUUGUGAAAUGAGCUGGAUGCUGCAAUCAGUUUUAAAAAAAAAAAA